AUGAAGCGGCCUGGGCUGUGGAGGAGCAUCAGUCUCAGAGGCGUGGGAGGACCAGUACACUUUGCUGCAGGGUCUGACGGGGUUUGGCUCUGCGAGAAGAUCGUUGAGGAGGAGAUCCAGGUUUUGUGGGACAGAGAAAGGCCUUGGACGUUGAAAUUUGAUAGUGGAGUAUUACUGCUUAGCACACACAGACUAAUCUGGAGGGAUCAGAAGAAUCAUGAGUGCUGCAUUGCUGUACCUUUGUCUCAGAUUGUCUUUAUUGAAGAGCAGGCAGCUGGGAUAGGAAAAAGUGCCAAAAUAGUAGUUCAUCUUCAUCCUGCUCCUUCAAACAAAGAGCCUGGUCCAUUCCAAAACAGCAAAUAUUCCUACAUCAAACUUUCUUUCAAAGAACAUGGACAGAUUGAGUUCUAUAGACGGUUAUCAGAAGAAAUCACACAAAGGCGGUGGGAGAACAUGCCUACUGGUCAGACCAUUCCAGCUAACAAGGAUCCACAGGCAGGAAGAAUAAGGGCUGUAGGAAUUGUAGGGAUCGAAAGGAAAUUAGAGGAAAAAAGAAAAGAGACUGACAAAAACAUUUCUGAGGCUUUUGAGGACCUUAGCAAACUAAUGGAGAAGGCUAAGGAAAUGGUGGAGUUAUCCAAGUCAAUAGCUCAUAAGAUUAAAGAAAAACAAGGUGACAUCACUGAGGAUGAGACUAUUAGGUUCAAGUCCUAUCUACUGAGUAUGGGUAUAGCUAAUCCAGUUACCAGGGAAACAUAUGGAUCUGGUACGCAUUACCACAUGCAACUGGCAAAGCAACUAGCUGGAAUACUGCAGACACCGUUGGAGGAGCGAGGAGGGAUAAUGUCACUUACAGAAGUGUACUGUCUGGUAAAUCGUGCACGAGGAUUAGAGUUGCUCUCACCAGAAGAUUUAGUAAAUGCUUGUAAGAUGCUGGAGUCACUGAAAUUACCACUAAGGCUUCGGAUAUUCGACAGUGGUGUGAUGGUGAUUGAACUCCAGUCUCAUAACGAAGAGGAAAUGGUAGCUUCUGCUUUAGAGACAGUAUCUGAAAAGGGUUCUCUCACAGCUGAUGAGUUUGCUAAACUAGUGGGGAUGUCUGUUCUCUUAGCCAAAGAAAGGCUGCUCCUUGCUGAAAAGAUGGGCCAUCUUUGCAGAGAUGAUUCAGUGGAAGGCUUGAGAUUCUACCCAAAUUUAUUUCUGACACAAAGUUAAUGUGGGUUGUGUACAUUUUGUUAUCUAACAGUUGAACCAGAGAGCAGAGGGCAGAACCCUUCCAACAACUGACUUUAAAAUUUUUAUUUUGAUAGUCAACUGCAACAAUGAUGAAGAUUGCAAAGCUUUACAGUUCUCAGGUAUUUCAAGUGCUGAAUCCUCUUAUGUGGAACUGAAAGGAAAUAGGAAUCACCAAGUCAGAAGCAUGUUAAUAGUCUCAAGCCAGCUAGCUCACGUUUCAAGCUUUAUUUGAUGUACUCUGUAGUUUCUCAUUUCUAGAGAAGUCAGAUGAAGAUUCCACACCAGUGAAAGUGGAGAGAAUAUCCCUGCAGUCUGCCAUGAGGGUCGGCACCCAGCAGACAGGUUGCUGCAUACUCCAAUUUCAGUUUGUUUAUGUCUAGAGCAACAAAGCAGACAGAUGUAUCCGUAGCGAUAAGAAAAGUGACUUUGGUGUUUACUGAGGUUUAAGAGACAAACCAGUGU